AUGGGAAAGGGAACCUCGUUCGAGCGCCUACAGCGUGAUUCUCCCUCGUAUCGCGCCUACCUGGAACUCGAAAAGUUGCCCGACCGCGCUCCGGCAUUCGAAAACGACGAAGAUGGGCUGCCGCGUAUCGCUAUUGGGGAGCACUUUUGUCGCGUCCUGGGCGACGAUCGCCUGCUCUGUGGCGCCAGACUCUCCAACACAAACGCACUCCGCACGCAUCUCGAGGUUGUCCACCAAACAGACAUUAAGAAGCCGGGCAUGGGUUCGAAGAACACUACUGCAAUGUUCAAGGACGCUGAAGCAUUCUACGCUCGGUUGAUGGAAGACCAUGACGCACCGGAGGUAGUUGUCGAAGAGGCGAAAGCACCUGCACGCAAGACAUUGGGGAAGCGCAAGUCGAUUGUGAUCGAUCUGACUGACGAAAUUACCGAACCCGACGCCAAUGAACAUAUCCCACUGCAACCUACCACAGAGCCCCCGACCAAGAAGUCGCUAUCCACGGCACAUCCGAAGCAGAAGCUGGAGUUUGAGCUGAAGAAGAUUGCGCUCCGGAAGAAGAUGCACGCUGACGAGCUGCGAGAACUUGAUGUGCAGGAAGAGCUCGCGGAGUUGGAGGAGGAUUAG